CUUGUGGACUGCAGCAAAGCGGCAGGAGGAGGAGAGCCAGCUGGAGACAGUGUGUGGGCUGGAGAGCACUGCAAGAACACCGCUGUAGGCUGGGCUCACGGGACAGGCUGAGGAUGGAACCGGAUUCGUACUCGGUUGUGGACCCCAAGAUGGAGAAGCUGUUCGAAAUUUUCUUGGAUGAAGGUAACGACCCAGGGGCUUGGGGCGGCUAUGUCUGGGUCAUGGUCCAGAGCGGGGCACACACUGAUGACGAAAAGUUGACUUCUGACUUGCGGCCGACCAAACAGCCGUUCCACUACCAGAUCCGCGACACCAGCCACAAGGCCUUCUACCUGCGGGACAACAGCCUGGUGGCCGCAAACCUGCAGGGUGAAAACGCCAGCCAGGAAGAGAUGGUCAGCGUGGUCCCUAACAGAACGCUGGAGCGCAAGAGGUGUCCCCUGAUCCUGGGCAUCAAAGGCGGAAGCCAGGGCCUGUCUUGUGGAACAGCCGAGCAGCCCCAGCUGCAGCUGGAGGACAUGCACCUCAUCGAUCUGUUCUACCAGGAUGAGGAGGCCAAGCGCUUCACCUUCUUCAAGACCUAUAACGGCAGCACGCACCGCUUCGAGGCAGCUGCCUACCCGGGUUGGUUCCUCUGCACCUCAACCCAGGCCAACGAGCCCAUCAGUCUCACCACCCGCCUGGGGGAAACCGCCAUCACCGACUUCUAUUUCCAGCCCAAAUAGCCACGGGGCAGGAGCCAGAUGCUGCUUCAGCCCUGCCCUCCCAAUGGCUAGCCAUGGUGGAGGGGUUAGAGCUACCCACUGUGAUGGGUUGGAUCACAGAAACCCCCUUGGGAACUGCCAACUGAUGUGCCAAGACUACUUCUGCCCUUGCUUUCCUGGCCUGGAAGCUUAGGACUCCUGUCUUGUUGAGCCAGACACACCUGUCUGCUCCAACAAAGACCCAGGGUCUGAAUUACUUGCCCCAAAGCUGCAGACUUAACUGAAAACAGCUAACAGAAGGGUUCCUGUCUUUGACAUUCAGAUGCCCAACUCCCAAUGGGGUCUAAACCCAAAUAAAUCAGUUUUAAGC